GAUAUAAUGUGUUAUAGCGGACCAAGGAUGACAAAGACAAUAGGAUACCGAGACUGGAGAUGGCUUGCGCUUUGGUGGCAUCAUUUCUUUCUUUUGUGGAGUACAAUAAACGGACAGACUCGUUAUAGCAUCCCGGAGGAACUGAAACAGGGCUCUGUGGUAGGAAAUCUAGCCAAAGAUCUUGGUUUGGGAUUAUCAGACAUUUUUGACCGUAAAAUGCAUGUCGCCUCUGAGGCUGGUAAGCAGUAUUUCAGUGUGGAUGCGGGGAAGGGCGAGCUGGUGGUGAAUGACAGAAUAGACAGAGAGACUCUAUGUGGACAAAGCGCCAGCUGUGUUCUACCUCUGCAAGUAGUUGUUGAAAAUCCUUUGCGGUCUCAUCGAAUUGAAGUGGAAAUAAGAGACAUAAAUGACAAUUCUCCUAGUUUCCUUACACAGGAAAUUAAUCUUAAAAUACCUGAAUCAGUUGCACUAGGCAAACGUUUUCCGUUGGAGAGCGCGGAGGACCCUGACGUUGGAAGCAAUUCUUUGAAAACGUACUCACUGAGCAAAAACGAAUAUUUUUCUCUAAAAUUUAAAGACACAAAAAAUGUUAACGCUGUCCCAGAAUUGGUGUUAGAAAAGCCAUUAGACCGAGAAAAGAAUGCUCUCCAUCAACUGCUGUUGACAGCGUUAGAUGGGGGAAACCCAGUCAAAUCGGGAACCUGUAAGAUUAUUGUUAACGUACUUGAUACCAACGACAAUUUUCCAAUAUUUAACGAAAAUGAGUACAAAGUGUCUUUAAAGGAGAACAGCACCAAAGGAACGUUUGUAAUCAAACUAACAGCUACAGAUGCCGAUGACGGUCUUAAUGGUGAAGUUACAUAUUAUUUUGGAUCCCGCACUCCAGACUCUGUGUUAUCAACGUUUGAAAUCAAUGAUAUAACAGGACAAAUAGUAUUAAAGGGAGAACUAGAUUACGAGAGUUCUAAAUCAUACCUUAUCGAUAUCACUGCUAAAGACAAAGGGGCUCCGGAAAUGGAGGGUAACUGUCGUGUACAACUGGACGUAGAGGAUAUAAAUGACAAUGCUCCAGAAAUUGUACUAACUUCAAAACCCAGUCCUGUACGUGAAGACGCACCAAGUGGCACAGUAGUGGCUUUGAUCAGUGCACGAGACCUUGACUCCGCUGAUAACGGUAAAGUGACGUUACAGCUUCCCACACGGUCUCCUUUCACUCUCAAACCAUCGUUCUCUAAUAAUUACGAACUGGUUACUAGUGGUCCUUUAGACCGAGAGAGGUUCUCAGAGUAUACUAUUGAGAUAACAGCCACCGAUUCAGGCUCUCCUCCUCUAUCCAGUAAGAAAAUCAUACCUGUCAGCAUCACUGAUGUGAAUGACAACCCCCCUAUAUUUACUCAGACCUCCUAUAAUGUGUAUUUAAAAGAGAAUGGGGUACCAGGCUCUAUACUGUACUCAGUAUCAGCAUCUGAUCUGGACUUUGGUGAAAACGCCAAAGUCUCUUACUCUAUACUGGACUCUAAAGUGCAGGACGUUUCUGUCUCAUCUUAUGUUUACAUUAACUCA